UUCCCUAGCUCCGCAAUCUGCUAGCCACUCCUGAUUGCAUUCGGCGCUCGCCUCUCUGCUCUUGCGCCUGCGUACUACCCCUCCUACCCGUCGCUGCGGCCCCGAUCGGGAAGUGUCAACAAGGAGCUGGGUUCCCCAGUCUUCGCCGCUACCACUCACAGCUGAUCCCGGAACCCCUAGCCAGGCCCGGGCCCAGCCGCCAUGACGAACGUGUACUCCUUGGAUGGGAUUCUGGUGUUUGGUUUGCUCUUUGUUUGCACCUGUGCUUACUUCAAGAAAGUACCUCGUCUCAAAACCUGGCUGCUCUCAGAGAAGAAGGGAGUUUGGGGUGUGUUUUACAAAGCCGCUGUGAUUGGAACCAGGCUGCAUGCUGCUGUGGCAAUUGCCUGUGUUGUAAUGGCCUUUUACGUCCUGUUUGUAAAAUGAAUUCCAAAGCAUCCGUCUCAUCAGCUGCCAACCAAGAGGAUGAGGGUGAAGAAACUGUCCGGGGCCUGGGCCCAGCGUAAGAGAGCUCAGCUAAAAUCAUCAGAGUCCCCAAGAUGACACCACAGCAUCUACCCCUGCCAUAUAUGGGGAAAAUUCCUCAUGGUUACAAACAUUAUUUAUGCUUCAGGGGACUCCAGAAGGCCAACUUCCUUUGCUCUGUGUGUGAAUCAGUCCUCAGCAGAGAGCAUAUAAUGUCCAGAUAAAUUAAUACCCCACGGUGAUAAGAUUACAUACCUCCUACAUAAAAACCUGUCACCUAUUCUGUUCUUCAGCCCAUCAUCAGAAUCUCUUCAAACUGAGGCUCAUUAGGGAACAACAUAAGCUGUAUUCACACCUCUUGGAAGGAGAGAGAAUUUUCAAGUCUUGGACUUUUUUUUUUUUCACUGUUUGAUUUGGAUUUGGCAAGUUGGUGGGGGCGGGGGUGAGUGGGUGGGGUGGAGAAGGGAGGAACAGGAGUUAUACAAUGCCAAGGAAAUUUUUUGGCUUUGGAAAUUUCUCUUUCAUAUACCCAUCUGGGGACAUAAGAGAGAGGCAUGGUCCUCACUGCAAACAGAGGACAGAUGAAAUAGCUGUGCUGUGUGCUGGUAGCUCAAGAGUUUGCCAAGAAAACCUGGGUCUACGUAAGAUUUGGGAAUUAACUGUCCAUGAUGAGACCAGAAGCAGUAACUUAGGUAAGGAAAAAUGUUCUGUUCACCAGUAUCCCCCAAAGGAGACUUCAUCCCAUCAAAUGGUAUAUGGAAAAUGAAUCCAUUGUUGCAAUUUUCCUAAAGCCUUUUUAUAUACUCUAAAUUACUGAGUGCUAAAUAGUGUUACUCAGCCUUAAAUGCCACCACUAGGGGAAAGAGAAAGUAUUGAAGAAAUAAUUUUUAAUAUAUUUGCAGUUAGGGUAAAAGAAAUCUAGUAUAUAAUUCAUACACUAGUAAAGUCAACUAGUAUAAGAAUUUAUUGUUAUGUUAGAUGGACGUUUUGUCAUGUUAUCCAAGACACAACCUUAUUCUGUGUUUGAGUCUGGAUUUUUAUGGCAAUUUUUAAUUGAUCACUUGUUUUUCUUGGGCAACUCUUAGUUUUCCGCAUAUUGCAGUACUCUAGCUAUCUCUUGGAAGUUCUUUGUAUUAUAAGAACAUGAUAAAUUCAAAUGAGUGAGAGAAGUUGCUGAUAUUCAUGGGCAUGUUUGGAAAGUUCACAGAAUCCACGAAUAAAAUGAGGGUGUUUUCUAAAGUAAAGGAAAACAUGUUUGCAAUGGAGAUUACUGGGCUUUUCUAUGGAUAUGGUAAUUCUUACACAAAUCAUUUUAGAUGACUCAACAUUUGGAGGGAAGAAUUCUCCAUUUAAAAAGAGAGAGUGUUGGCCUAAAAUUAUUGUAAAGAGCAGGCAUCAACAUAGGAACAAAUUGAAUUGUCCGUUACAGUAAAACUUGGCGGUGGACAAGUUAGUUGUGGUUGACCCCUGUGUGGCAGGAAAUUGUCUUUUUGUCUUUUCCCCAAAGAAAAGCUGCUAGGAAGUUUAGGUUCUGAUAUAGACAGUUUAGUGCUUUGAGGGUUUCUCUAAAGGUGUAAAAAGUCCUCAAGUAAACACUACAUGUCUAAUCAUCUCAGAGUUGUGGCUUUUUUGUCUCUUCAAGAAUUGGCCUGCAGGGUAAAUUUCAAUGAUUUAUAUGUUUUCGAUUGUCACUUCUGAGGAUCUUUCACACAAGGGAAAGGACAUCUAUUGGAACAGAAAGGAAGAGUUACACCUUGUAGGUGUGUUUGGGACCUGUUGACCAGCAGGAACGUUAUUCCCUGGAAAUAAAGGUUCAGCAUGUUUUGCACUUGUUACUUUGUAGCUUUAAUGACUUGUUUUCCAGUAGGGCUAAUGUCUCUAAGCUUGGUGAGAGCUGCUUCACUUCACAGUUCUAGUUGUUCAAACCAAUUUUUACAGCCUCCCGGGUGAGUCAUCUUGACCUAAAUUGUUAUAUUUUGAGAUGUUUUCCUACGAGAAUGUACCAAAAAGUGCACAGAAUGAAGGUAAUUUACAGCAAGAAACAAAUACACAGCUUAUUUCAUUUCUUGCCUUUAUGUAAGCAGAUAAGCAGAAGGCUGUUUAACUCAUUACUUUGGUUGAUGUGUCAUAUGUUUUUCAACUGAAAAUGGUAGGAAGUUGUUCCUCUGAGGGAGUUUUUUAGGGGUGGAGGAAGGGGGAUAGCAGUAUUGCCUCAGAUUCAAACUGGCAUCACCAUAAACCCUGAAUGCCAGGGUGGAAUGAAGUCAGCCUUUUAUAGUUUAAUACAGUUUUUUAUUCACCAUUGUCUGCACAAAUCCUUGAAAAUAAAAUUUCUUUCCCUACCA